AUGAACCACCCGUCACGCAGAGAAGUAUCUCUCACCAGCCGGUUCGGUGCACUGUCCAUUAAGGACGACACCAGCUCGGAUUCUGCCCAAGAUGAAGAUCAAGUGGUUUUCAGCCAAGAAAACAGCGUCAGCUCCGCGACAACGACUGCGAGCGGCGCCGCGCAAAUGGACAACGUCACCAUGCGCUCCCCUCGCAAGCUCGCCAUGAAACCGCCAGACCUGUCGCCGAAGAAGAGGCACGCCAGUCGCAUGACUGACCCCGCCACGCCUUCGCCAGACUCUAAGCGCGUUAGGGCCGACAUGAAAGUAUUCGAAGAGGCGAUCAUGUCUACCAUCAAAGAAUCCAGAUCCCCCGCCAGAUGCCCCUCCCCUAGUAAACUCAUGUUCUUGACCAAAGAUUCUAACACAACUCAAUUUGCAGCAUGGGAUGUCGAGGGACGCUUGGGAGAGCUAGACUCUCAGUUUAAGAAGGUGCAGGACUCGAUGAACAGCAUGAUUUCCGAUAAGGAGUUGAUGGAUGAAAGAGUUGAGAUGUACAAGAAGAGAAUAUCCGAGCUGGAAACCGAGCGAGACAAGUUCGCAGACCGAAAUGAGAGCCUGCACUCGGAGCUUAACAGCAUGCGGGAGCAGGUUUCUAAAUUGACGAUUGAAUCAGAGACUGAGAAGCGCAGCCACAAGUAUGAGCUCGAGGAUGAGGCUCGCAAGCGCCGCCAUGAGGUGGAGCAGCUCCGACGUGAAUUGAGGGAUGAAGUUGCACGACAGGAGAAGAGCCAGAGCGAGGCGUUGGCCGCCUUGGAGCGACAUUACAAGGUCAUGAUUGAGGAUGAGCGGGCCAAGCAGGGCAAGGAGAUUGAGCACCUUCGCAUGCGACUCGGAAACGAACAGCAGGACCUUCACCUCAACCUGCAGAAGAAGGACCGCGAGGUGUCAGAGAUGCGAGCUGUGAUUGAGGGGCUAAAGGGCGACUUGGACCGCGAGCAGAGCCUGAAGAAGGGGCUUGAGACAACCAUCACCGAGCUCUCGUCCUCAACUCACCAACUUCAGGGCCGAAUCAACUCCCUCACUGGACAAGUCGACUACCUUCAGUCCGACAGCAAGGCGCAAUCCGACUCUUACACGCAAAUGGAGGCGAGGCUGCAGGAGGCUCUUGAGCAGGCGGAGUUUGCCAAGGAGAAACUCAUUAAGGAGGAGACGGAGCGCCGCAUCCUCUUCAACAAGUACCAGGAGCUCAAGGGCAACAUUCGUGUUAUGUGCAGAGUGCGCCCCGUUCUCAGUGCUGCGGAGGGUGCACCGGCACAGGUUGCGUACCCCGACGACAAGACGUCGGCCGAGAUCGCCCUCGCGGGACCCGAGGAGAUGAACAGCAUUACCGGCAAGGCUACCAGAAAGAACUACAACUUUGAGUUCGACCGCGUCUUCGACCCCAAGGCGCAGAACCAGGACGUGUUUGACGAGAUUUCUCAACUGGUGCAGAGCGCACUCGACGGAUACAACGUGUGCAUCUUCUGCUACGGUCAAACAGGUUCCGGAAAGACUCACACCAUGUCAUCUCAAGACGGUAUGAUUCCUCGUGCGACACACAUGAUCUACGACACUGUCAACAAGCUCAAGGAGAAGUCGUGGACAUACAAGAUGGAGGGAUCCUUCAUCGAGGUGUACAACGAAGAGCUCAACGACUUGCUCACCGAGGGCAAGGGACGCAAGCUCGAGAUCCGCCAUGACGACGUGCGCAAGCAGACGACGGUCGUCAACUGCAAGUCGGUGUCGCUGGACUCGGCGGAUACGGUUGAGAUGAUGCUCGACGAAGCGCAGAAGAACCGAUCUGUGGCGGCAACCAAGGCUAACGAGCGGUCGUCUCGUUCGCACAGUGUCUUCAUCCUCAAGCUGGUGGGUUUCAACUCGGCAACGGGAGAGCGUUGCGAGGGCACCCUCAACUUGGUGGACCUGGCUGGUUCGGAGCGUCUGAAGCACUCGCAGGUCGAAGGUGACAGGAUGAAGGAGACACAGAACAUCAACAAGUCCUUGUCAUGCCUCGGUGAUGUUAUUGAAGCGCUCGGCAGGGGGGGCGGACACAUUCCGUACCGCAACUCCAAGCUGACGCACUUGCUGCAGUACUCCCUCGGGGGCAACAGCAAGACGCUCAUGUUUGUGAUGGUUAGUCCCUUGGAGACUCACCUCAAGGAGACGUUGACGAGUUUGAGAUUUGCUACGAAGGUUCAUAAUACCCACAUUGGUACGGCGAAGGCGACGAAGAAGGUUUAA